AAAACAGACCACAGGGCUUUUUAAGGAUGUUUUGACAAAAGAGAAGGAAAUGGGUCCUGUUAAAUACAUGCGGAGCAGAUUUCAUAAGCUUAUACAUAUAAAGGUAUAGUUUUUUUUUUAAGAAAAGAAGAGAAAGAAUAAGAAGACGACUGUUACCAGGAGCGUGUUUAAAGUUUUAGAGCUGUUUAAAGUACAGAACAGUAACAGAGAGCUUCGGACGGGACUGUGAUCACUCGGGUGUCUCGGCGGCGACAAGAAGUGAAGAACAAAAGACAAGAAGAGACACUGUAUGUGAAGGUGAUCUAUGAGACUUCGUCCAGAGAAUGGCUACAGCUGCUCCAAUUUCCACCGAGGGAGCCAACGCCACAAGACCGGCUGGACCUCUUAGGAUGGCAUCUAUUGAAGGCCAGACGUCUUUGAAUGCAUCGCAGGCCAAUAAGAGAACCAUCGGUCAUCGCGGGAUUGACCCCACAGGAGAGACUACAUACAAAAAGACAACUUCGUCUGCCCUGAAAGGUGCAAUCCAGCUGGGCAUCGCGCACACAGUGGGCAGCUUGAGCCAGAAACCAGAGAGAGAUGUUCUCAUGCAGGACUUCGAAGUAGUGGAAAGCAUUUUCUUUCCCAGUGAGGGCAGUAAUUUCACCCCUGGUCACCAUUAUGGCAAUUUCUGGUUUAAAGCCUACGCUCCAAUCGCCUUUCGCUACUUCAGAGAGAUGUUUGGGAUUCGACCUGACGACUACCUUUAUUCUCUCUGUAACGAUCCCCUGAUAGAGCUGUCGAACCCAGGGGCGAGUGGGUCUCUGUUUUAUGUCUCCAGCGAUGAUGAGUUCAUAAUUAAGACUGUCCAGCACAAGGAGGCAGAGUUUCUGCAAAAAUUACUACCCGGGUACUUUAUGAACCUGAAUCAAAACAAGCGCACACUGCUGCCGAAGUUCUAUGGGCUCUACUGCAUUCAGGCUGGAGGGAAGAACAUCCGAAUUGUAGUAAUGAACAACCUGCUGCCACGCGCUGUUCCCAUGCACCUCAAAUACGACCUGAAAGGCUCAACGUACAAGCGUCGGGCCUCGCCUAAGGAGAGAAUGAAGAGCGUUCCCACCUACAAAGACUUAGAUUUCAUGCAGGACCUGCCUGAAGGCCUACAACUGGAGACAGAUCACUACAACGCGCUUUGCAAGACAAUCCAUCGAGACUGCCUGUUGCUACAGAGCUUCAAGAUCAUGGACUAUAGUCUGCUGUUGGGGAUUCACAAUAUGGACCUGGCUGGAGAUGAGAUGUCCGUGCAAGCGCUUGAUCAGAGGAAGAAUCAAGGCCAGAAACCUCUCUACUGCACGACCAUGGAGGUGAUCCAAGGCGAGGUCAAGGGCAAGGCUGCACCGCAGUGCAGCGAGAGCACGGGAGGAAUGCCGGCACAUAGCUUGAAGGGGGAAAGGUUACUGCUCUUUAUUGGUAUUAUUGACGUCCUCCAGUCCUACAGGUUUAUGAAAAAAUUGGAGCAUUCGUGGAAAUCCUUUGUUCAUGAUGGGGAUACAGUGUCAGUACACAGGCCUGGCUUCUACGCAGACCGUUUCGAGAAGUUCAUGUGCAAUACCGUUUUCAGGAAAUCGUCACUAAAAACAUCCCAUUCUAAGAAGACACGAGGAGUCAUCUCAGUGCAACGCAAGCCAAACGCUACAGUGACUGGACAACAAACAAACACGGAACCUACUUCACCAAACAAGGAGCUGACGAAGAGCGACAGUGUCGAAUCUCCCACUUCAGAGACACCCGGAAGUCGAGAAAACGAUCCUUUCCCUGACCUGAUUGCAAGCCCUCUUGCAGGCGGCUCAGCUGACACAACACUCCCGAGAGAGGAAUAGCAGAAGCUACAUCGCUUUAAAAGGAACAGUGAUUCCCUGCUAUAAAGAGGACUGCCAAAGUUUUUUUAUUUUGGAUGGACAUUAACAGACCAACGUAGUUAAAGGAAUGCAGCUUCUUCAGAGAGUACUUUACACUGCAGCAAAGCACACUCGAGCUAUACAAGCUGUCUUCUUGGUUGACUUCUUUAUCCAGGGUUGCUGCUUAAAAGACAUUAACUAAAUUAAAACGUGUUAGCAAUCUCAGACACACUUGCCAAAUAUAGAUUUUUUUUUAUAUAGUUUUUAAAAUGUAUAGAUCUUUUGUGUGUUGAUACACUGCAUGCAGAAUUAUAAAGAUCUUUUUUGGUUGUGUGUUUAUAAUGGUGUACGUGGGGUAACACUGAGCCAUAAAGUUCCCGUUGCUAGGAAAUCAAAGAAGGGAAAUGGCCUGCCGUGAUUUAACAGUUCCACUAUUUGAGAUGAUAGAGACUUUUUAUAAGGUUUGUUUGUUUUUAAGUGGUUAUUAUAAGGCAAGGUAUGUGAAAAAAUUUGCACCUCGCCACCUCCAGGGUCGAGCGUUUGAUUCCUGCCUCAUGUUUGUAAGCAUGGAGUUCUUGGAGUUCAGAUUAGGCUAAUUAACGUUUCCAAAUCCCUCAUAGUGCGUGCGUGCGUGUAUGCAUGCUUCUGUGUUCUGCGUCUAGGGCAGAGAGUCCCCUGGUUAUGCUCCAGGCUCCUGCAGCGCUUUAAAGGAAAAGAGAAUAAGUGAGAAUGAGUAAGUGAGCAUUAAGACAUAAUUUAUAUUUUUAGCAAUAUCAUAUCAUGUUCUCCAGACCUACAGCAUAUUAACCAUAAUUUAUUAAUCUUCUUAACCAGAGGACUUGCCGUAUAGAAACUUUAUGUGACAAACAAAAUACUUUAACCCAUCAGUAUAUUAUUGCAAAGCCUGCCAGAUAAAAUGUGCAUAUUAACUAAUAUUAUUAAUUAUUAUUCUUAUUAUCAGAGCCCACACCUUUUGCCACUAUCGCUUUUUUUCUUUUCUUUUUACAUUCUGCUUCAGCAUUUUUAGAUUUUAAUUAAGAAAAGCAAAAGCUGUUAAUUGUUUUUUCUUAAUGUUAAUUAAGAAAAAAACAGGGUGUGCGACUUGGCAUGUGUAUACGGUUGGUCUAAAAUUCGGUACAGUGGGCCUCAUUUAUCAAUCUAAAUAUGAACAAAUGCAUUCUUUUUGUUCAUUUAAGCAUUUUCACAAAAAUUGGGGUAUUUGUGAAAUACAGUCUUGCUUAUCAGGUACAAACUGAUAGAUAUAAUUUAUACAUAUUUCCUCACACACUUCAAACUUAUUUCCAUUAAUUCUGGAUUCUGUGAAGCUGUUUUGCUGCAAUGACCAUCGUUAAAAACGCUAUACAAAUGAAUUUUAACUGAAGUGAAUGGAAAAUCCUGUAAUUUGUAAAAUCAUACUCAUUUUCCUGAGUGUAUAUAAACUUUGACUUGACCAACUUAAUAUAAUUUAAUUUGCAUGGAUUCCUACACUUUUAUAUUUGUUGAAUUUAAAUUAUUUAUUUAUGUUAAAUCAUUUAUUAGACACCCAGACUGUCCAGAGGGACUUAUAGAAGAGCUUUGAAGUGACGUCUUAAUACAAGUUCACAGAGUCAAGCCAUAUUAGGAGUACCAUCAAGAACAUUUUGCAAGAUCUGGAUGUUGUAUAUUUCUGCCAAUAACAAAUGCUUCAGCUGGUGGAAGACUUUAGUGCCUGCUUACUGUUCACUUAGACAUAAGGAAAAAUAACCCAUACUUAUGUCUUUUAGCCCUUACCCUAAGCAUUCAUUUUAUGCUUCUAGCUCUGUGCACUUAACCUUUUAUGGAGUUUGUGGGCGUCACCUUAUGUAAAUGUUUCAGGGAACAUGCUUUGCACUUUAUGGUCGAGCAAACCUUUGUUUUGUGUUCGAGACAAUUCUAGUUGGUUUUAGCUUAUGCAAAUAUGUAAACACUGCCAAAUGCCGAAAUGUAAACACCACUUUGCUUUAGGAUUGAUAAAUGAGCUCAACAGUACUGAUCUGAUAAAUAUGCAGUAUCGAUUUUGAGAGUACACCUCUUUGUUUCAGCUUAGUAAAUCUUGUGAAAUGUUUAUUAAAACGGUGCUGCCUGAUUUUAUAUAGCUUGUACCUUUUUUACAAUUUUCUUUAAAAUACGAUGUCAACGCUUUGACUUGACGCUGUAUUUUCAGUAGCCUUUCUUAGCCAUCGUUGAUGUUUUUUGCACAAACCAGCAAAAAAAAAAAAAUGCUCUGAACAGUUUACAUAUGUUAAUAGUGCCUUAAAUAUUGGUAAUUGAGUGUUCAUAAAGUUGUACUUCUCUAAAUUAGGAUUUAUGAAAAUUGAGAGAAAAAAUGUUUUUUUUUUUUUUUUUUUUUUAAAAAAAAAAACAAAAAAUUAACAUUACGGCUCAAAAGUGAGCCAGUUUGGGAUUCAAGCCUGAAAAAAAUGACUGUUUAUUUAUCUUUAUUUUAUUUCUUGUAAUUUCAAAAACUGUGUAAGUAAUGCACAUGGGUUUAUACAAUACAGUUAAAUAUGCUGAUGUGACUUUGGACUUUGUAUAAAAACAAUGCAACUUACCUACUUUUUUUGUUUGUUUGUUUUAAAAGUGAAUUUUCAUUUAGUGCACUCCGGUAAGCUAAAAUUGAUGAUGAAAAAUAAUGGGUUUAAAGGUAAAUGUAAUAAUUCUGUCUUUCAGAGUGACUUAUAUGGUCCUGUGCAUAUCUUUACAUUGUGUUCGUAUGUGUUAUAUGGAACAUUUUUUAAGGUGGCUGAAAAACAAUGCUAAGACACUUUAGAGGAAAAAAUAAAACCCUGUAUGUAUAAUCUGUCAACUUUCUGUAGCUCUAUGAAAUGAGGGCAAUUAAAGCAAUCUGACAGUA